UUUUAACAUACGAGAAUGCCGCCGAGGUUUAAUUUUAAUUAAUGAAAUUGGGUUAGCGCAGACACACUCCGUGAAAUACCAUCGCCAGGACAUAUCAUUGAUCGAGUACAUUUUACAGAAUGUUGUACAUGAACUCUCUCGUUUGCUAUAAAAUCAACUGAAUUUAGAAACACCCGAUAAAGAGCCAUCGCCACAAUCUCGCUUCGAUCGUGACUAUUCUAAUUUAUUCCACCACUUUUAUGAUCAGUUACUAGAAAUGGCGAUCCCAACGGCGAUGCUAAAACUAAGCCUCCGUACCCACUUACGAAACUUGAGUAGGAUUGGCAUUCCCUAUGCUGCUCAUCUGCAGCGCCAGAUGAGCAGCGAGGCAAUAUUAGGGAGGCUGAAAGAGAAGGGUUUACUGAGAUCACAAGCUUUCAUUGCAGGAAAAUGGGUUGAUGCUGAGGAUGGCACUACCUUACCAGUAUAUAAUCCAGCAACCCAAGAGCUUCUAGCCAAUGUCGCUUGCGUGGGUGGAAAAGAGACAAAGGAAGCAAUUACAUCUGCAAAUAAUGCCUUUUAUUCUUGGAGCAUUCUUACUGCUGCAGAGAGAAGCAAAAUCCUUCGUAAAUGGUAUGAAUUAUUGAUGGCACACAAAGAAGAGCUGGGGCAGCUUAUGACUUUGGAAAAUGGUAAACCUCUGAAAGAGGGUUUGGGAGAGGUUGUGUAUGGUGCGAGUUUUGUGGAAUUUUAUGCUGAAGAAGCCAAGCGGGUGUAUGGUGAUAUAAUUCCUCCUCCUUUAGGAGAUCGUCGACUGUUUGUUCUAAAACAGCCUGUAGGUGUUGUUGGUGCCAUUACUCCAUGGAACUUCCCACUUGCCAUGAUCACACGCAAGGUUGCCCCAGCUCUUGCUUGUGGUUGUACAGUUGUGGUCAAACCAUCCGAGUUGACUCCUCUGACAGCGCUGGCAGCUGCUGAGCUUGCACUUCAAGCUGGAGUUCCAUCAGGUGUUCUAAACGUUGUCAUGGGCAAUGCUUCACAGAUAGGAGACACGUUGCUUGCAUCUUCUCAGGUGAAGAAAAUAUCAUUUACUGGAUCGACAGCAGUUGGAAAAAAGCUAAUGGCUGCUGCUGCAGGAACUGUGAAAAAGGUGUCAUUGGAGCUUGGUGGUAAUGCACCUUGUAUAAUCUUUGAUGAUGCAAACCUUGAAGUUGCAGUAAAAGGCACUCUGGCAGCUAAAUUUCGUAAUGCUGGACAAACUUGUGUUUGUGUAAAUAGAAUAUUAGUACAAGAAGGUAUCUAUGAAAAAUUUGCAAAGCUGUUUAGUACAGCAGUACAGGAAUUGAGAGUUGGAAAUGGUUUAGAGGAAGGUGUUCUGCAGGGGCCAUUGAUUACCCAUGCUGCAGUGCAAAAGGUGGAAAAACACAUACAAGAUGCAGUGUCCAAGGGAGCAAAGCUAUUAGUUGGUGGUAAACAACAUAACCUUGGCUACACAUUUUAUGAGCCUACAGUUCUGGGAGAUGCAAAUUCUAGCAUGCUGAUCUCCAGGGAGGAGGUUUUUGGUCCUGUUGCACCACUUUUCCGUUUCAAGACUGAGGAUGAAGCUAUCCAAAUUGCAAAUGAUACACAAUUUGGACUAGCUUCAUAUUUAUUCACAGAAAAUGUGUCACAAGCUUGGCGUGUGGCAGAAGCUUUAGAAUAUGGAUUGGUUGGUAUCAAUGAGGGGAUCAUAUCAACUGAGGUAGCACCAUUUGGAGGUGUCAAGGAGUCGGGUGUUGGGCGCGAGGGUUCGAAAUAUGGCAUAGAUGAGUAUUUAGAGGUAAAAUACGUAUGCUUGGGAAACAUGAAACCUUAGCGUUGGGUGUUUGCUCAUGAUUUUAUAGAGUCGAAGUUUGCAUUGGAAAGAAAGAAUAUGUGUUUAAUCUCCUCCAAGGUUCGAUGAGGUUUCUGUAAAAUUCUCAUUGCCUCAUUUUUAAUCCUAAAGCCGUUUUUUCCAAAUUUUCUUUAGCCUUGAUUUUACACCAUAUGCUUCAGGUGCACGGUUCAUGAUCUUCAAUGAGAAUAUACAAAUGUGUUGUAUUUUAUGUACCUAUGAAGAGUCAGAAAUGGAGAUUCUCCCGUAUCAGAAUUUGUGGUAUAAUGCAAAAAUCAUAUCAUAAAUAAUUUUUAUAAAUAAAUCUAAUUUCACUA